GUGAUUCUUUAGCUGGAUAAAAUGAAUAAAUAUCAUAGCUCUAAACAUUUGGGGGUAAACCCUUUGGUUCAUUAUUUGAACCUGAUAAUGAUGAUUCUUGAGUUAAUUAUUUCUGUGGUAUUUUUACUCAAGAACCCGGCCUACACUUGGAUGGUCCCAAUUUUGGUAAUAAAUCUUCUACCAAGUGUAUUGUACCACUGUGAAACAAAUAUCAGACAUAACAUACUAUUCCAGUGGUUUGGUCAUAUUAUGAGCACUAUGGCGCUGGGUAUCUUGUUGAUAAUGAUAAUUGCUUUUGCGUUAAUUCACGAAGAUACUUAUGAAUUAUUGGCGACCCCUCUCUUUUUGGCCUUCAACUUCUCAUCAAUAGUGAUCCCUGUGACUAUGUUGAUUAUUCUGAGCUACGAAGUUCCAAAACCUCCAGUAGUCUAUCUUAUUCCUAUUCAGCUUGUGAACACUAAAGCUGCUAACAUGGAAAAGACAUUUGGAGAGCAUUUCUUGAAUGAAUUUUAA